GGCCGCCCGCCAUCUUGGCCCCUGUGUGGAAGCGGCUGAGGCGCGGCGUCGCGGCGCCGGGAGCGGCAGCGGCCUCGCCGAGUCCGGGAGCCCCGGGGAGCGGGGGGAGGCCGGAGCGCCGGCCCGCAGCGCUGCGCGCCAGGUGAGCUCAACCGCUUCCCUUCUCUCCGCGGCUCCUCGCCGGCCGGCGGUGAGGCACCGGCGCCGGGAGGAGCGGGCGAGCGGCCUGCGCCGCAUGGCCUCGGGCGGGGGCGGCUUCCGCCGGGCCUGGCGGCGGUGGUGAGCGGCCCGCGGCCUGCCGGGGAGCGGGGAGCCUGCGGGGGCCGCGGCCGGGCGGAGGGAGGGAGAGCGGAAAGGAAGGAAAGGAAGGAGGGAGGCGGCGCGGCGCGGCGCUGGGCCUGCGGCGGGCCGGGCUGCCCCGCGCUGCUGGGCCGCGCCGCAACGCAGCGCAUCGCCGUCUGCGGCCGGCCGCGCCCCGCAGCGGGCACAGCGCCGGGCCUCGCCCCAGGGCUGGGCUGCGGGGGCCGCUUCCCGAUCCCCGUUUCUCAUCCUUCUUUCCCCUUUCCCGCCCCUUUCUCCAUUUCUACUUUCAUUUCAGUUCUGUUCUCUCCUUUUCUCUCUGAACGUCUCCGUGCCUCUCUAGGGAGAUCCUCGGCGUUCGUGCUCUCUUUGUGGCAGUGAUUCUUCUUCCCGAGAUCCCCCGGGGGGAGGUUUUUUUUUUCCUGCGGCACGCUGGGCACUGCGGUUUGGUUUUCUAACUCUGAAAUAUUCAUCCACAGUUCUGGAGGUGCACAGUAAAAGGCUGCUGCUGGCUUAUUUCUCUUAGAUGCUGAUUUUGAGGAGUGAGCGGGCGGUACCAGACUCGAUGAGUUUCCAUCGAAAUGUCGGAAAAGUCAGGCCAGAGUACAAAAGCAAAGGAUGGAAAAACGAAGUACGCAACGCUCAGUCUCUUUAAUACUUACAAAGGAAAGUCACUGGAAACUCAGAAAACCACAGUUGCCACACGCCAUGGAUUACAAAGUCUUGGAAAAGUUGCUAUUUCGAGGAGGAUGCCUCCCCCAGCUAACCUCCCUAGUCUCAAAGCAGAGAACAAAGGCAAUGAUCCCAAUGUGAACAUUGUGCCUAAGGAUGGCACAGGAUGGGCUUCAAAACAAGAACAGCACGAAGAAGAGAAACAGCCAGAGGUGCCGCAGACACAGCCAAAACCUGCUGUUCCUGCUCCUCCAGAAGCAGCUCCUGUUGCCAAAUCAUGGGCCAACACCAAGCCAGGUGGACAAGAUGGUCCAGCUCUUCCAGUAAAUAGUUAUUUCCAGCAAGAGUUUCCCAGUCUGCCGGCAGCUGGGGAUCAAGAAAAGUCAGGCAAAGAUAAAGAUGCAUCUGAAGAGGCCCAUGGACCCAGCUUGAGACCACAAAAUCAAGAUGCUAAGGCUCUUGGGCAGGAAGAUGGCAAUGCUACUCCAGCAGAACAAAGUGAUGGCCAGAAGGCAGCAGAGAAGAGGGAUGUGCGGUUACCACAGAUCCCACAGCCCAAGAUGAAUGGCCAGCAGCAGCCACCCAUCUCGUCUCAGUACAGGGCAAUGAUGCCGCCUUACAUGUUUAAUCAGUAUCCUAGAAUGGCAUAUCCUCCUUCCAUGCAAGGCCCAACAAGGUUUCCGAACUCUGAGCCUAGUAGAGGGCCAAGGGGAAGAGGACCUCCUUCGUGGUGUUCAGAACCUAUUGAGCGCCCAUCCAUUCUUAGUGCUAGUGAACUUAAAGAACUUGAUAAAUUUGAUAACCUAGAUGCUGAGGCUGAUGAAGGCUGGGCAGGUGCUCAGAGUGAAGUGGAUUACACUGAACAGUUGAAUUUCAGUGAUGACGAUGAGCAAGGAAGUAGUCAAAAGGAGAAGGAAAGUGGUGAUGAACAAACACCAUCAAAAGAUUCUCAGAGCCCCGAUGGCCAGAAAGAAGCAGAAGAACAGACAAAUGCUAAGUCUGCCACCCAGGCUUCUGCAGCAGCAACCAAAGGAUCUUAUGGCAAAAGUUCUCAGCUUGAUCAGGAUCGGGGUCCAGCACAGCCCUCUAUACAUGAAAGAGGUGGUCCUCCUCUUCAUCCCAAAUCUAUUCUACCACCGCAUCCUCCUCCUCCUGAUCGUCAACUAGGACCUGGAAGGCAGGGACCCUUUCCUCCUAAACCAGUACCAGAUGAAGAUGAAAUCUGGAAACAGAGGAGAAGACAGCAGUCAGAGAUAUCUGCUGCAGUUGAGCGAGCCCGUAAGCGCCGAGAAGAGGAAGAAAGAAGAAUGGAAGAACAAAGAAAAGCAGCUUGUGCAGAAAAGCUGAAACGGUUAAAUGAGAAAUUUGGCUGUAUGACAAAACCCUCCCGGGAAGACCCUCUGAAAGAGAGAGAGAGGGAGAGGGAAAGAGAAAGGGAGAGAGAAAGGGAAAGGGAGAGGGAGAGGGAACGGGAGAGAGAGCGGGAAAGAGAAAAGGAGAGGGAGAGGGAAAGGGAAAGGGAAAAAGAAAAAGAGAGGGAGCGGGAAAGGGAAAAAGAAGAAAAAGAAAAACUGGAGAAAGCAAAAGAGCAAGAAAGGGAAAAAGAGAAAGAAAACGAGAGAGAGAAGGAAGAAAAAGAGAGGGAGAAGGAGAAAGAAGAGGAGAAACCAGUGCACGAAGCUCCUGAGCCUGUAGAACCUGUGGUAACGCCUGCAGUAGAAAAACAAGAAAGUGAAAGCAGGAAUAACAAGGAAGAAAAAGAAGAUCAAGCAGUCUUUACCCGACAAGACAGUGGUCGAAAUGAGAAAGAGAUUUCACAGGUGACUCAUGAGAGCGAGCCAGAAUCAGGAUCUCAACCUCGUCCUGCUGUUUCCUCAGGCUAUUCUAAGCAGUUCCAGAAAUCAUUACCACCGAGAUUUCAGAGGCAGCAGGAGCAGAUGAAACAGCAGCAGUGGCAACAACAGCAGCAAGGUGUAAUUCCACAGUCUGCUCCCUCACAGCCUUCUAGUGGCCCUGUCCCUCCUCCCCAGCAUAGACCUCUUUACCAACCAAUGCAACCACAUCCACAGCAUCUGGCUUCAAUGGGUUUUGAUCCACGGUGGCUUAUGAUGCAGUCUUACAUGGACCCACGAAUGAUGUCGGGAAGGCCUGCAAUGGAUAUGCCUCCUAUUCAUCCAGGAAUUAUGCCUCCCAAACCACUGAUGAGAAGAGACCAGCUGGAAGGAUCAGCAACUAGUUCAGAUUCAUUUGAACAUAUAGCUCGCUCAGCAAGAGAGCAUGCUGUUCCUUUGUCAGAGCCCCGCAUAAUGUGGGGCUCAGAUCCGUACCCCCAUGCAGAACCUCAGCAAGCUAGUUCUCCUCCCAAAGUGCUAGAAGAGCCUGACAAUUUGAGAUCUGAGGCCCACUUGGAGCAAGAACGAGUUGCUGUUCCUGCUGCAGCUUAUCCUGUAGAACACAACCAGCUGGACUCUCAUCCAAAGACAGACUUUUUCAGAGAACCAGGAGAGGUGGAAGUACAAAAGUUCCCAAGCAGGCCUUUGGAAGAUGCCCAAUCUCUCCAAACUGACACAUCUAACACUAAAGUUAAUUUUGAAGGAAUCGAUGAGAAUGUUUCACGCAGCUCUGCAGAAGAACUCAUGCCUGUGGGGGAAAGUCACUCUUCAUUAAAGAGAAGCAUUUCCCAUGGCUCAAGUCAUUCUCUAAAAUCAGAAGAACAGAGGAAUGAGACAACAGCAAAUAUCCCUAAAAUAAGUAGCAGGCCUGUUGAGUCAAAGGAGACAAUUGAGAGAAUUGAGAUUAAGCCAAAAAAAGAAGUUUUGAUCAAUAACAGAACAUCCGAAGGACCUAAACUUGAGAAAACAUUUAAACCUAAGUCUGAAACAAGAUGGGGUCCUAGGCCUGGUUACGGCAGGAGAGAGGAAGGCAGCGAUAGACCCAUAAGAAGAUCAGGUCCUAUUAAAAAACCUGUGCUUAGAGAUAUGAAAGAGGAGCGUGAACAGAGAGAAGAGCGUGAACAGAGGAAGGAGAAGGAAGGAGAAAAGAUGGCUAGUGAAAAACCAAGCAAGUCUGAAAAAAGCGACAAAAAGGAAGCACAUCAAGUGCCAGUGCCUCAGGCUGAGCCAGAGACAUCUGCCUCUAGCAGUGCUCCUUUGGCUAAGAAGAUAGUCCAAGAUGCUGCUCCAACAUCAGCAAGCCCCGAGAGCACUCAGACUGAGACUGCAGCUAAAGUUCCAGUUCAGCCACCCACUCCUCCAGUCUCGCAGCAGCUACCAGCUGCACAGCCUGCUGUUCCACAGCUUCCCCCUGCAGUACUGCAGCAACCACCGACUCAGCCCGCAGCACAGCAGCAGCCACAAGCACAGCAGCCAGUUACCACAGUGAAGGAAGAAAAGCAGACAGAGAAGGUAGUUAACAAGGAGGUUGUAGAGAAACCACGCUUAGAAACCAGACCAGUAAAAAGAGAGCCUGGCUUACCACCUAGGACGUACUGGAAAGAGGCUAGGGACAGAGACUGGUUCCCAGAUCAGGGAUACAGAGGCAGAGGUCGUGGGGAGUAUUAUUCUAGAGGUCGUAGCUACAGGGGUUCUUACGGAGGACGUGGUCGGGGCAGUAGAGGCCAUAACAGGGAGUAUCCACACUACAGAGAUACUAAGCCUAGAACAGACCAUGUGCCUUCUGGGCCUGUUAGACAAAGAGAAGAGAGUGAAACUCGCAGUGAGAGUUCAGACUUUGAAGUGAUUCCAAAACGACGGCGACAGCAUGGUUCAGAGACUGAUUCUGACAGCGAAGUCCAUGAAAGUGCAAGCGACACUCUGCUUUCAGACAAAGACAGUCUCAUCAAAGGCAAACACCCAAAAAGAGAAGAGAGGGCUGAUGGCAAGAGACCUACAAAGCCACUGUCAUUCAAACCUGAAAACAAUAUCAGAGUGGAUAAUAGAUCUCUGGAAAAAACAUACAUAAGAGAUGAUGAGAAUAAACCUAAACCAGGAUUUCUUCCUAAAGGAGAACCUUCUAGACGAGGCAGAGGGGGAAUGUAUAGACGUGGUGGAAGGGAUCCUGGUGGGCGUCCUCCACGACCAUCCACAAUAAGGAGACCAGCUUACAGAGACAAUCAGUGGAAUCCCAGGCAAACGGAGAUCAUUAAACCAGAAGAUGGGGAGCCUCCAAGGAGAAAUGAGCAUUAUGGUCCUAUACCAGUUGAUAAAAGACCUCCAAAAUUUGAGAGGAAGUUUGAUCCAACUAGAGAGAGACCGCGAAGACAAAGGCCUGCUCGGCCUCCAAGGCAAGAUAAGCCACCACGCUUCAGGCGCCUAAAAGAGAGAGAGGCUGCUUCAAAGAUCAAUGAGGCAGUAACCAGCUCAUCAACUACUGCUGCAGUCACUAAUGUGGUUACUGAGCCCUCCAACACCGCUCUAGAUGUUUCGGGAAGUAAGACACCAGACUUGUCUAAUCAGAAUUCUUCAGACCAGGCAAACGAGGAGUGGGAAACAGCCUCAGAGAGCAGCGAUUUUAAUGAGAGGCGUGAGAGGGAUGAGAAGAAAACAGCAGAUAUAGCAGCACAGGUUGCUGCAAAAGCAGGAGAAAACACUGGAGCUCCAAAAAGAGAAAUAGCUAAGAGAAGUUUCUCUAGUCAGCGGCCUGGAAUAGACCGUCAAAACAGACGUGGUAACAGUGGGCCAGCUAAACCAGGGAGGACCUUCUCAGGGCCUAGGAGUGACAGGCGGAGUGGUCCUCCACCCAGAAGUGGAAAAAGAGGGUUCCACAGCAAAGCCAGAAUGUUUCAAGUCUCUGACUCUGAUGGCUGCAGAGAGCUUCUGGCAAGGGAGCCUGUGAAACAUUUCAUACUGCCAUUUGAAGACCAGACAGCAAGCGUGCCUGGUGUUGAUCCCAGCAACAACAACUCUUUGCAUCAGGAAGAAGGAGGUGUUAAUGCAGCAGGACAGAAGACCACCAAGGAUGCAAGUGGCAAAAAGAGAGAGGAACCUAAAGCUGGUCCAAAGAAGCCUAAGGAAAAAGUGGAUGCUUUGUCCCAAUUUGAUCUUAAUAAUUAUGCAAGUGUUGUGAUCAUUGAUGAUCACCCUGAAGUGACAGUAGUUGAAGACUCCCAGUCUAACUUGAAUGAUGAUGGUUUCACUGAAGUGGUGUCUAAGAAACAACAGAAACGCUUGCAAGAUGAAGAGCGCAGAAAGAAGGAGGAACAAACAGUGCAGGUUUGGACCAAAAAAGGAUCAAGUGAAAAAGGUCGAGGUCAAAAUUCCAAACUCCCACCCAGGUUUGCUAAAAAGCAGCAACAGGCAGCAGCUGCAGCUGCACAGCAGGCACAAGCUCAGGCACAGACUCCAUGCACAGCACAGACUGCAGGUCAGCCACCAGCUUCUGUUCAGCCUCAAAAUCAGGCUGCUGGAGGGGCAACAGCCAGCACAGAAUUCACGGUGUCAGGCAAAGUCUUGCAGAACACCCAGGCUCACAAUGGUCUAGGAACUGAACUGUGGGAAAACAAGGUGCCUCCUACAGCAGUUCUGAAUGACAUCUCCAAAAAACUGGGACCUAUUAGUCCACCUCAACCACCUUCAGUGAGUGCUUGGAACAAACCUUUGACAUCUUUUGGAUCAGCUACGUCUCCAGAGGGAACAAAGCCUGGGCAAGAAGGUGGAGUCGAGCUUGGUAUAGAAACUAUUCAGUUUGGAGCCCCUGCUUCCAGUGGUAGUGAUAAUGAAGUUGGCCCUGUACUUUCUGAGAAGUCGGCUGACAAGCUACCAGAACCAAAAGAGCAAAGACAGAAACAGCCUCGGGCUGGACCCAUCAAAGCACAAAAGCUUCCAGACUUGAGUCCAGUAGAAAACAAAGAGUAUAAACCCGGUCCUAUUGGGAAAGAACGUUCUUUAAAGAACAGAAAGGUGAAGGAUGCCCAACAGGGAGAGCCUGAGGGACAGGAGAAGUCAUCUCCCACUUCUGUGAGAAGUCCAGAACCUGUCACUGCAAAGGAAACCAAAGCAGCAAGUGAACUGAGUACAGAAAUAGGAACAAUGAUAUCUGUGUCUGCUCCAGAGUUCGGAACAAGCACAAAGGAGUCUGUAACAGACUACACUACACCUUCUCAUCCUAACACAGUGGCUACUAGCAGUACAAAAAUGGAGGAGACUUUGGUGACGAACGUGCCCCUGCCCCACACCCUUCCCCUCCCUAGGAGGGAGACUCUACAACAGAGCUCCAGCCUAACUCCAGUUUCUCCCGCUACCGUCGACCUCACCCUCAAGAUGGAGUCCGCACGCAAAGCAUGGGAGAAUUCCCCAAACAUGGGGGAGAAGAGUUCACCAGUGACCUCAGCAGCAUCUCCCAUAGCUGGUGGCAGCAGCAGCAACAGCAGCAGCAGCAACGCUGUGCCAAGCAGUGGUACUUACAGCUCCUUCUCUAGUGCAUCAAUGCCUCCUAUUCCUGUGGCUUCAGUUACACCAACUACUUCACUAUCAGGAGCUGGAACAUACACGACCUCUUCACUGAGUACAAAGACUGCAAGCACCUCGGACCCUCCCAAUAUAUGUAAAGUGAAACCACAACAAUUGCAGACAAGCAGCCUAGCUUCUGCAAGCCACUUUUCCCAGCUGAGCUGCAUGCCAUCCCUCAUUGCCCAACAACAGCAGAGUCCCCAGGUCUAUGUGUCUCAGUCUGCAGCAGGCACUGCAGCUCAAAUUCCAGCUUUUUAUAUGGAUACAAGUCACCUGUUCAACACCCAACAUGCACGUUUGGCACCACCAUCUUUGGCCCAGCAGCAAGGCUUUCAACCAGGACUUUCUCAGCCUGCUUCAGUACAGCAGAUCCCCAUCCCCAUCUAUGCACCUCUGCAAGGGCAGCAUCAAGCUCAGCUGAGUUUAGGAGCAGCACCAGCUGUGUCACAAGCUCAGGAGUUGUUCAACUCCUCUUUACAGCCUUACAGGUCUCAGCAAGCUUUUAUGCAGAGUGGUUUGUCUCAGCCAUCACCAGUAGUUCUGUCUGGUACAGCCUUACACAACUUCCCGACAGUACAACACCAGGAGCUUGCAAAGGCACAGUCAAGCUUGGCAUUUCAGCAGACUUCUAAUACACAACCUAUUCCAAUCUUAUAUGAACAUCAACUUAGUCAAGCUUCAGGACUGGGAGGCUCUCAGCUUCUCGAUACACACAUUCUCCAGGCCAGAGCUACGCUCACCCAGGCUUCAAAUCUGUAUUCUGGGCAAGUUCAACAGCCUGGCCAGAGCAAUUUCUACAACACUGCCCAGUCUCCCAGUGCUCUCCAGCAGGUAAACUGUGGCAUGGUAACAGUACCUUUACCAGGAUCACAACUUUCUUUGCCCAACUUUGGAUCCACAGCACAGCCACUUAUUGCCCUACCCCAGUCUUUACAACCACCACUACAGCACACACCACCGCAAGCACAGGCUCAAAACCUAAGCAGACCUGCACAAGUAACCCAGCCUUUCAGAGGAUUAAUCCCAGCAGGAACUCAGCACAGCAUGAUAGCUGCGACUGGAAAGAUAUCAGAAAUGGAACUGAAGGCAUUUGGAGGUGGUAUUGAUGUUAAACCUGGAACACCACCGGUGUCUGGCAGAAGUACUACUCCAACAUCCAGUCCCUUCCGGGCCAGUUCUACAAGUCCUAACAAUCAGUCCAAUAAAAUGAACAGCAUUGUCUACCAGAAGCAGUUCCAGUCAGCAGCUGCUGCUGUGAGAAUGACCCAGCCAUUUCCUGCACAGUUUGCACCACAGGCAAAGCAGAGAGCAGAGGUACUUCAGUCCACCCAGAGAUUCUUUUCUGAGCAGCAGCAGAGCAAACCGAUAGGAGGCAAAGCGCAAAAAGUGGAUGAGAACGGGAGCAAACCCUCCGAGGCGAUUGCUGACUCUUCAGGAGUCUGCCAGGACAAAGCAGAGGAGAAGCCUGCCCCCGCACCUCCUGCAGCAACAAAGCCUGUUAGAACUGGACCGAUCAAACCUCAGGCAAUCAAAACCGAAGAAACAAAAUCUUAGAGGCUGUUGUUUCUUGGAGGUGGGGGGGAGAGGGGAGGAUGGGGGAGAUGGCGGCAGCAGCAUGAAUUUGUAGCCCUAAGGAUGAGACAGCAGUCCUCUCUCCCUGCAGGGCUCUUAACUACAUAAAGGGACAUAGAAGCUGUCAGCAGUUAUGAAUUUAAACUGCUGUGUAUCCAGCUGAGCUUCUAGGCUCUUUGGGCUUCUUAUUUCCUGUGACAGCAUGAAGACCGCUUUCGAUAGUGUGCACGUUUCACACGUGUGCGCAUGUUUUGGCUUACACACCUGUAUGCUUCCCAGCCUGAAAGCUGAGAAAUAGCACAGCGAGGAAGAAGGCGGUUGGGGAGGCAUGUUCCUAGCUGACGAGAUGAAUACUCUUACUUUCUUCUGAUCUUCAGCUGCUAUUUAUCUUUUUAUAAACUCAUGAGUAUGAGAACAUGCAGAUCUGAAAAUGGUGCUGGGCCAAGUAAUGUGCAUUAAGUUUGUAGUGACUUAAGGAGCUCCCGUGUUGUACUAAACAGAGGGAUUCACAUAGCUGGCAGAAUCUCCUUUAACAUGUGACGUGUAACGUAGCACAAAGGGUAACGUGGCAGCGUUGAAUUCCCUCUGAAGGCAGUGCUUUGCUGGCUGCUGCUUCUUGGAUGACAAUAUACUGUAUCUAGAUCACAAUAUGAAAAUGCUACUUGGCCACCUGUGUUCUCUACACCCACUCCCUCAGUUGUUCACCUCUGGAGUUGAAAGGUUAAUUGCAUCAAUAGUCCCAGUUAUUCUGUUCACCUCUGUCCAGCUAUCUUUAUAUGAAGCGAGUGAUCUUUAAACGGUUUCCAGCUUAUGUCUGUAUACAGCGAUGAGCACUUAGAGCUGUGCCACAAGAAUAAAAGAAACCUUGUUGGAUUAAAGAGAAUCUUAUCUAAAAGGUGCAUUCUUUAUAUCGGAGCUGCGUCGCACCACUUCCCUGCCCACAGUGUGCUGGAACGUAGAAUCAAGUCAGAUAAUGCCUUUUUAAUUGUAUCCUCUAGUAUUAUAGCUGUAGGACAGUACUGUAUGAUACUUCUGUGAAUGUAAGAUAUCCUGUACCUGCUUAUGAUAUGUAGUAGUGACUGUGCUAUACUGGAGCUGUUUUUAAUAAUGUUAUUCUAGAGGUUUUUUUCCAGACAAUGAUUGAAAAGCUAAUAAAAAGCACCAGGUACCACAUCAGUAGCAGAACUUGCUGGUUUUUUUCUGGGAUUUUUUUUUUGUUACUUAUUUUUUUUGGAAAGAAGAGUGAGUUGAAAGUCUAAUGUGUAUAAUUUUGUUCAGAUGACUGCAGAGGCUGGAGAGGCUGUUGCUGCUAUUGAUGCCUAGUGAAUCGCUCUUGGUUAUCUUUUUAUAUAAAUAUAUAUAUAAUUUGAAUUUUUGGAAACUAGCUGUGAUGUCAACUUUGGAAAAGAAAAAAAAAAAAGUAUCCCACUUGUAGUGUGAGUUGGCAUUGUACAGAAAUUAACAGCCAUAUUGGUCUAGAAAUGUUAAACUUAAUUUUUUUUCCAUUUGUACAGGGGUAACGCACUGUAUUAAAUAUGUACGGUCUUAUUUACAUGGGUUUGAUUACAGAAACUAAUAAAGUAUUCUCUAAAUAAA